CUCGCGCUGGCAAUGUUGAAAGAGAGGAUGCGCUCGCGCUCGGAGCAUCGCUAAGAACGAAGGAGUCGCAUUUACUGUGUCAGAUCUAAAUUAAAGACAACUUGCUCAUAUCAAAAGGAAACCCUAGCUUUGCACGGAACAUGGCAUCAAAAUGUCCCAAAUGUGACAAAACUGUUUAUUUUGCGGAGAAAGUGACAUCUCUGGGGAAGGACUGGCAUAAAUUCUGUCUGAAGUGUGAACGCUGCAACAAGACCCUGAAUCCAGGAGGACAUGCUGAGCAUGAUGGGAAACCAUACUGCCACAAGCCAUGCUAUGCUGCCCUCUAUGGACCAAAAGGUGUGAAUAUUGGUGGGGCGGGAUCAUAUGUCUAUGAAGCACCUGUCAACGAUGAUGCUGCCCCUGUUGCCAUGGAAACCAAACCCAAGGCUGAAGAGAAAAAGGCUACCAGGGGUCCAGUGAAGGCUGCAAGUUUCAGUUCGUUCUCUGGUGAGCCGAACAUCUGCCCAAGGUGCAACAAAACUGUAUACUUUGCUGAAAAGGUCUGUUCCCUGGGUAAAGACUGGCACAGACCCUGUCUGCGCUGUGAGAGGUGCAAGAAGACUCUGGCUCCUGGCAGCCAUGCAGAGCACGAUGGCCAGCCCUACUGCCAUAAACCCUGUUAUGCUGUUCUCUUUGGGCCAAAAGGAGUUAAUACCGGAGGUGUUGGCAGUUACAUAUACGAGGACCCAAACACUGAAAGCCAGUCCUAAGAACCACGAGCACACCAGCAGUAUUAGC